CGCUCAUCUGUGAAUCACUCCGGUGCGGGCUGCUGACCCGGGAGCCGGAAUGCGGUCCCUGCCCCCGAGAGAGACCGUACAUCUUACUCAUAACGUGCGUCGUCUCUGGGCAGCCUCACCGCGACUGCGGUAAUGGGCAAGAAGAGCACGUCAAGGAAGCAAGCGCUGCAGUCGGACGACGACGCCGCACGCGCGGCGGCCGCGGCCUGCGGCGUCAGCGCGAGCGUCGUCUACGCGCUGACGGCGGCGGCGAGCGUCGGCGGCGGCGACUCGGGCGAGCUGCUCGCGGAGGCCUGCGUCGGGGGCGUCGCGCACCCGCCGGGCUAUGGGCUCUGGCUUGAGCUGGCAAAUAUCUUCGCCCUGGAUCCAACGCGCGCCGCGCGCCGCGCGAGUCUCAUGUCGGCGCUCUGCGGCGCGGCGGCCGUCUGGGGCUGCGCGCGCGCCGCCGCGACCUGGGCCAGGCACCUCGACGAGGGCCGGCACGGCGCCAUAGCGGCGGUCGUCGCCGGCGGCGCCCUUCUCGCGUCGCCGCUGCCCUGGGAAUACGCGACGCACGCCGAGGUCUUCGCGCUGAACAACGCGCUCGUCGCCUUUGGGAUCUGGUGCGCGGCCGCGCUCGCCGCGCACCCGCGCGACCGGCGGCCCGCGCGCUUUGCGGCGUUGUUAGUGGGCUGCUGCGCGGCGCACCAGCACGCGUCGCUCCUCACGGCGGCGCCGCUCGCGGCCUUCGCCGUCGCCUGGCUUCGGGCGGGGCCCUUAUUCAUGCUCGAGCUCUUCGCCGUCGCCGUCGCGGCCUGGGCCUACCCGACGUACAAGCUCACGGAGCGGUCGGCAGCGGCCACGGAAGGCUCGUGGGGCGACCUCACGACCGCGCGGGGCGUCUUCACGCACUUGACGCGCUACGAAUACGGCACGUUUCGCCUCGGAGCGUCCGCGGCAGGCACGGCCGGGCUCCGACCGCGCGUCCUCGCGUAUUUCACCUGGUCGCUGGACCAGACGGGCGCCACCGUGCUGGCGCUCGCCCUCGUCGGCGCGGGCGCGGGCGCCCUGAGCAAGAACCGGCCCGCGCGGCGCGCGGCGCGCGCCGUCAGCGGUGCCUGGACCCUCUACACGCUCCUCUGGCACGGAAUAUGGUCCAAUCUGCCCAUCCACGAGCCGUCGAUGGCCUACGAAGUGCACGCCCGCUUCUGGAUGCAGCCUCAUUUGCUAGUUUGUGUCAUGGCGGGCGCGGGCGCUGCGGCCGUGGCGGCUCGGGCCCCAAAGCCGCUGCCGGCGGCGGCCCUGGCGCUCUGCGUUUGUGUGGUGGCGUCGAGAGUGGCGGCACUCUGGCCGGCGCUGGACUUCUCCGUCGUCGCCGCGCUCGCGACGCACGGCGCCGCCGCGCUCGCGGCGGUGCCGGAGGGCGGCCUGUUACUGUCGCACACGGACCUCCACUGGAAUCCGGCGCGCUACCUCCGCGCCUGCGAGGGGGCAAGGCCCGACGUGACGCACCUGUCGCUCCAGCUGCUCCCGUACCCGUGGUUCGCGCGGCAGCACCCGCUGCAUCCGAGGAUGAAGCGAUGGCCGGACGUCGCGGCCGCGUCGACGGACCCCGCGACCGAGCGGUACGAGCGGCUCGUCGAGGACGUCGCGACCGGCAACCUCGACGCGUUCCCGGCGGGCAUCUACCUUGACAUCCACGGCGUUCACGAGCCACACAUCGGCCGCUUGGGAUCGUGGCGUGGGCGCUGGAACCUCGUGCCGUGGGGGCUCCACUAUCGCAUCGUCGCCGCGGGGGCGGUCCAGGGGGACGCGGGCGAAUGGCUCGCGCGGAGCCUGGCGGAGAUCGACCGUCUGAAGGCGGCCUACGAGGGAGGCCCGCCGUCGCCGGACCGCUUCCGCGUCGGGAGCUGGGAGAUCGCGGCAGGCGCGGCUUACAACGACGCGCACUCCUGUGUAGGCUGCAAUCCGACCCGGGGUGCGCUGUCUUAGUCGAUAAUUGAUUCGAGAACGCGAUUCCGCGCAGGCGCACUACCAGACCGGACUAUUCGCGCUGACGCUGGCGCAGGAGCUGCGCGCGUCCGGGCUCGUGCCCGAGGGCGUCCCCGCGUACGUCGCCGCGCUACGCGCCGCGCGGCGCCUCACGGGCCCCGCGGCCGACGCCGCCGCCUCGCACCGAGCGCAUCUGUCGUCUCCCGCGGGCGACGCGGCGAAGAACGCCCUCCUGGCCGCCGUCUCUCUCCACGGCGCGCUCGCGGCGGGGCGCGACCUCGCGGCCCGGGGUCUACCCUUUGGCAACGUUGACGCGCCGACCGACGCCGAGCUCGCGAACGUGACGCUCGACGCACGGAGACGCGCCCAGCGCUUCCUGGAAGUGCACGGGGACGACGUGGACGCAGACGUGUUCCGCCGGUUUUUGGCUGGUGCUUGAUGGGCGACCGCGUGUGUCUUGUGUUUUAGUGUGCCUUAGAGUCCAAGCCGCGGCGGCCUUUGCAUUUUUACCCAAGUAGGUCUUCCUUAGUACUUAUAUCCCGUCGACGGGUCAUGUUAUGUGAAGUGUUAUGUGGCACUUUCACUUAGGAUAAUUAUUUAAUAUUAAAUAACCGGA